UGGCGAGGCUGGUACCUGGCACUGGGGGUAACAGCGCGGUGAGGGCCCCUAGAAACCCGCCUACCUAGGACAGCCUACAGGAACCACGUCAUCAGCCGAAACUGCAUCGCUGCGUCACUUGAAGCUCUCACAGGUCAUCGGUAGACAGGCAACCACAAUUUGCCAGACGUGUGCUGUCCUGCAGAAGCCUAGUGUACAUGUAAUACACAUGUAAUACAUGGACCCGGGCCCAGUCAUGUCCCCUCGUCAGUAAUUAUGUGCAUGCUUCACCCCGACAACAACGUGUAGCUACGACAGAAGCGGAACGAGGAAAAAGAAGAAAAAGAAAGAAGACACGAAACGAACAUACAGACAGACGUUCGGGUCAAAUCAUGUCCAGCAUCAUCGCUAGCAUCGCCGCCGCCGCCCUUGUCUUCCUACCUUUUCGUCUUCUUCCACCUUGACCGAUUGAGUCACCUGCUUAAGCAGGCACCACUCCGCUAUCCUCCGCCAUGCCUCCGUCCACCGUCGCCGGCUUCCCGUGCCCGGAGCCUCCAUCACCACACAACUUCGGCCGCCACUGUCGCCUCGCUCCUGUUAGAAAUCCUUUCGCGAAUGACACCGUUCCUCCCAUAGGGGCACAAUUCUUCUACUCUUCGCCCAUUCCCAUUGAUGAUCCUCUCGCCGCCAUCGCUGCCACCAACGAUCCCAGGUCUCUGCGAGCCACCCUGCAGCCAUUCUCACCUGGAGACAACAAUGCCCUGGAAUCUGCAUGGCUCGGUCUCGCUGCCGACCAGUAUUCCCGAAACCAUGACCACGCUCGUCGUCAGCGAAGUCCGAGCCCUUCUUUGGCAAGAGAAAACGCCGCCAAGCUAGCCGCCAUCACACACGACCUCGCCGCGAGGCACACCGAGAAGCAUGCUCGGGAAGGCAUUAAACGAGACUCUAUGAUAGCUUUGGAUGGGACUGCACACGCAUUGGAUGAUAACAUUCCCCUUUGUUGCCCGGAUCUUUUAGUCGAUGUUCAUCUUGCUCUGCGCAACUCUUUCUGUGUUGUGGCGAGACGGAGACAGCGCAUGCUACAUCCUGAGAAGAUUGCUCAAAACAUUCUCUCAGAAAUGCAAUCAAUGCGAGUUGAGUCGUCUGGUACCAUCACGGAACAACGUGGGAGGUCUAAUACUGCUCCAUCGGCAUCCCUGGUCAGUGAACAGAUUGGGUUAAUGCAUGAGUUGCCGGGAUCGACUCACAGUUUUUCUAAGCCCUCGAGUUUUGAAGAGGGCAGUAGCUCAAGAAUACAGCCGCGCAACACAGGCUCUCGCCCUAACGAGCGUAAACCCAUUGCAAUCAUACCCGCCAAGUCAUCGCUUGUAGACGACGGAAUUACAGGGAAGCCCUUCAUCCGAGUUGGCACGCCGGAAACUGCCACUUUCUCUCAGCCAUCUUCUGUUUCAAAAACAAAUCCACUAUCCCCGACACCUACACAGCCCAAGCCGAAGGUUGUAAACAUAUUACCAUCCGAGAGAAUACAGUCCUCCCAAGCUACAGAUCUGCAGCUCGGAAAAGGUUCUACUAGUGUGUUAGUCGGUGUGUCUAGACUACAUGAGGUGACCCUCCCAGCUUUGCAGAUGAAACCCAUCUACUGGUCUCCAGUCAAUGAUAUUGCGACUGUGCUUCGGGCUACCUGGUUCUACCGAGAUGAUAUGAGGCCUAUUGAUCCUAGUGUUGCUAACCAGCUCGAGGCGGGAUAUCGAGAGUUGAAGCCACAUACUGAAACGUGGAAUGAUGAACUGAGAUGCGCUGUUGAAGUUGGCCCCUUGGGGGAAGAAAAGGUCUCACACCCUCUCUGGCCGAAGACGCCAGAAUCAUCCAAUAAAAGGGGUGAUGACAUGGUAGACCCUAUAUUAUCUAGUGACCCGUUCUGUGCUGCUCGAUGCUUUCAUGGCGAGGCAGCAGCCGAAGGCACUCUCAUUCCGAGUGCAAACGAGGACAACUCUUCACCACUUCAGACUCAUAAGAAAUUUGAGCAAUACCACGUCAUAUAUAAAGAUGAAAGGAACGCGUUUCUCUUGAAACCGAGUUUAAAGCCCUCAGCAUACUAUGGCCGUCGACCCGUGGCGAAGAUAGUGCGAGGCAUGACCAUAGGCAUUCCAGUUGUCCGAGGAUUCGAUUAUAAAAUGUGGAAGGCUAAACAUCAAAAGACAAAAUCACAGCAGCAGAAUGCCUCCCGGGCACCCUCUUUUCCCUCUCAUUCAAAUGGCAGAGAUCGCAACGAACAAUGUCUAGCCUGCAAAGCUGAAAAGGAUCGCAGCCAAGUUACUGAUCUCGUCCUGGUUGUCCACGGAAUUGGCCAGAAGCUGGCAGAACGUGUGGAGAACUAUCACUUCACGCAUGCUAUCAAUGCAUUUCGGCGGGCCAUCAAUGUAGAGUUGAACAACGACGCAGUUAGGGCUGUUCUACGCGAGGGACAAAAUGGCAUCAUGGUUCUUCCCAUCAACUGGCGACAGGAUUUAUCCUUUGAGGAUGGAGGCCCCAUGAGAGAAGAAGACAAGGCCCAUUAUGCCGUGGAAGCUUUCGGCCUGAAAGAUAUAGAACCCAAGACCAUUCCAGCCGUGCGUAGUAUGAUAUCAGACGUCAUGUUUGAUAUUCCCUUUUACAUGUCGCAACAUAAGCCUAAGAUGGUAGCUGCUAUGGUCAAGGAAGCCAAUCGCGUAUACAGAUUGUGGUGUCGAAACAACCCAGGGUUUUCAGAGAAAGGACGCGUCCACAUUAUUGGUCACUCGCUGGGAACCGUAAUGUCGGUAGAGGUUUUGUCGAGACAGCCAACCUCUAUUCCCAAUCUGCAACUCAACAAGCCGCUUCAGACACAACACUUUGAAUUCGACACGAAAAACCUGUUCCUUCUCGGCAGCCCAGUUGCCUUUUUCCUAUUGCUGGAAAGGGGCGCGUUGUUGCCUAGACGGGGCCGGCUGAAGCCCGGCGCUGAUCCAACUGACGUCAAGUCGAGUGACGUUGUUGGCGAUGUAGAGACAUUCGGAUGCCUCGCUGUGGAUAACAUCUAUAACAUUCUAGCUCGUGAAGAUCCGGUCGGAUAUCUACUCAACGGUACAGUUGACCCCAUGUUCGCAGCUAGCUUGAAAACUGCAUACGUGCCGAGUGCAUCACCGUCGUUUCUACAAUCCAUGGGAAGCGCAAUGCGAGGCUUCGUGCCAGGGGUUUCGACUAUAUCGACAAGCACCACGGACCCAGCCCUGACGAAACCGCCGACUAUGCGUCUCCCAUCACAGCUUGAGCUCGAAGUCCACGACUUCACGCGCGAGGAAAUCGCCGAGAGGAAGGCACUUCUUCUGAACGACAACGGACAGAUAGAUUACUUUCUGAGAUCAGGUGGUGGGCCCUUGGAACUACAAUACCUCAAUAUGCUCAGCGCUCACACGAGUUAUUGGGUCAAUCACGAUCUCAUGCGCAUGCUGUGUCAGGAAAUUGGACGCAAGCCAGGCCGGGAGAAUACAUUGCCUGCGCUUAGGGCCGUGAAAGCGGCCAAGCGAGCCAUUGCGUCCACGGUCUGACUUGGAUGAUGGGUUAAAACUGGCUUGCUUCUAUUUCACAGGCGUUGUUUAAAGUGUGGGUUUGAAUGGGCUUUAUUAGGUAUAUAGACAGCGAAUACCCCAUAGUGCAAACAUAUUUCCUUUUAAAUAGAUACCGGAUUCUUCGUGCUUGAA